AUGCCAUUGAGAUCAAACGCUCGAAACCCGUCUUCGCUAGCAUGUAUCCCCUGUCGGCAGAGACAUCUUAAAUGCGAUGCUUUAAUACCGCCCUGCUCCCGAUGCAAACAAUCAAAUGUUAAAUGCCACUAUGUGGCCUCGAAACGAGGCCUGCGCCGAAAGGAUAGCACCACAACAAGCCCUCCCACUACCGAGCCUGUUGAUGCGGACGCUUCCUGUACCUCGCCGCCCUAUACACAGACAUUGACGCCGACAUUUAGCCCGGGCAUAAGUGAAUUCCUCCCGUCACUCGAUGAGACAUCCCAAAGACUGGCUGGAUUAUCAACCCCCGAGGAAACCAGAACUGUGGUAUCGACCGAGUCUUGUGCUGUCCCAGCCUACCAUAACAUCGCCUUCGACCCCAUGAUAAAGCUCUAUUACCAAAAUUUCCAUUCCUCUCAUCCUUUCGUUAUUCCACGAAAAUCUCUCAGUAACUACGACCUAACUCGAUUUCUACCGCCUUGUUUGAUUUCCAUGAUGCAGUUCAUUGGCUCUCAUUUUCACCCUGAUCCGACGGUAAAAGACCGAUAUCAGAAAAAGGCCUACAUGAGUCUAAAUGAUUCCUCCGAACCCAGCGGAUUCAAAGUGCAGGCUAUGCUACUAGCUGCAAUCGCGUAUCAUGCCCAUGGUAAUGAGGAACAAGCCGGUUAUAUGCUAAAUAGCGCUAUUACAAUGGCAAGUCAAUUGGGCAUCCAGAGCGGAUCAUUCGCCGGGCACAGUUACCCUGGAAAUGCGAUUCUUGAAGAGAGCUGGCGUCGGACUUUUUGGGAAUUAUUUAUUGUUGUGCAUCUUUUCAAGACAUUUUCUGCUCAGCAAAACUGUGACAUUCAAUGGAGUGGAUAUCGAGACGAGGACCUUUUGAAGAUGGAACUGCCAUGUGAUGAAGCUACUUACUAUGCAGCUGGUUCUAUUCCCCAAAGCAAAACCCUUCCACAGCUUCAAAAUGUGUGGCGCAGCGUGAACAACGACACCGAAGAAACGUUUUCGUCGUUUUCGUACCGCAUUGAAGCCAUCCGACUAUGGGAGAUGGUGCAAUCAGUGAACUCGAGGAGCACUGCCUUGAUGUAUAUUGACGAAAUCGAACUUGAUACUUUAGACAUACGCUUGACUACGCUUUUGAUACGAUUAAUGAAGAUAUAUCAGUGCUUCACUUCCAGUGCCAAUGAACCUGAUGACCAGAUGAGGAGACAGGCACAAAUGAUCACCCUUUUGUGA